AUGUGUGAGAGUGCCCCAGUCGCAGGCACAGGAUGUGGGUCACUGCUGGACAUCUUGAGGGACCUGAGUGCCCUGCUCCAGAGCUUUUUAAGCAGUGCCAGUACAACCCGUCCACCUCGAGACGGUGAGGUCCCAGGGGUGGACUACAACUUUCUGUCUGUGGAGGACUUCCUGGAACUUGAGGAGAACGGCACCCUUCUGGAGAUUGGAACAUAUGAAGGUAACUAUUAUGGGACCCCCAAGCCUCCGCGGCAGCCUGUCAUCGGGACAGUGAUCCUUGGAGCUCCCGACUCGCAACAGUCCACCCCGAAGCGAACCAAGUCCUACAAUGACAUGCAACACGCCCGCGUAGUGCCUGCUGACGACGACGAUGACGAUCCGGCCUCGGAAAUGAACAACAGUUUCACAGGAUCCUUAGUGCGUAGUCUCUUCCCCUCUCCUCUGCUCUGCACAGGUAACCCUAACGACCCGGACGAGAGCCGCGGUGGUAUCCUCCGGCCGUACGCAGCACAUGCUCCCAUCGGCCUGAACAAUGCAGCCAUCUCCACCUCAGACAGCGGGCAGCAGACACUGGCUGAGCCGCAGGUCUCUCCUGAUGACCCUCUGGGACCGCUGCCCGAGAACUGGGAGAUGGCUUACACUGAAAACGGAGAGCUGUACUUCAUAGAUCACAACACCAAGACCACGUCAUGGCUGGAUCCCCGGUGUCGAGACAAAGGAAACCGACCUUUGGAGGAGUGUGAUGACGAUGAAGAAGGGCUACACACGGAAGACCUGGAGAGUGAUUUAGAAUUGCCCCCAGGAUGGGAGAGGAUAGAUGAUCCAGUGUACGGUGUAUAUUAUGUUGAUCAUAUCAAUCGGAAGACGCAGUAUGAAAACCCGGUGGUGGAGGCGCGGCGCCGCAAACUGGUGGAGCAGCCGCAGCCUCCAGAAGAAUGGAUAGAGGAGCACUCGUCAGCUGCUGCUCCUCUGGCAAACUAUGCUCCUAAUCACCUGGAGACUUACAGGGACCCUCAAGUCCUGCCCACUCUACCUCCAGGCCCCAUCGGAGUCAAACGAGGGAAGCCUUUCUUCACCAGAAACCCAGCCGAGCUCAAAGGAACAUUCAUCAACACAAAGUUAAAGAAGAGCAGGCGUGGCUUCGGGUUCACUGUGGUCGGAGGAGACGAGCCGGACGAGUUCCUCCAGAUCAAGAGCCUGGUGCUGGAUGGUCCUGCAGCUGUGGAUGGGAAGAUGGAGACAGGCGACGUCAUAGUGAGUGUGAAUGACACCAUUGUACUCGGAUACACACACGCUCAGGUGGUCAAGAUCUUCCAGUCCAUCCCCAUCGGUUCCAUGGUGGACCUCGCCUUAUGUCGUGGCUACCCGCUGCCAUUCGACCCGGACGACCCCAACACGAGCCUGGUGACCUCGGUGGCCAUUUUGGACAAAGAGCCGAUCAUUGUGAACGGACAGGAGAACUAUGAGUCGUCAAACCAGGUGGGACCGGUGAACGGGUUGAGAGAGCCCCGGCCGCACAGUCCUUCUGCGGACAGGGCGUCGAACGGGUCGCAUGGUUACUCCAGCGACGUGGUCAACCUGGCGUCGUCCAUAGCAACGCAGCCUGAGCUCAUAACCAUCCACAUGGAGAAGGGAGACAAGGGCUUCGGCUUCACCAUCGCAGACAGCCUGACGGGCGGAGGGCAGAGGGUGAAGCAGAUCGUGGACUAUCCUCGCUGCAGAGGCCUGAAAGAGGGAGACAUUCUGAUGGAGGUCAACAAGAGGAACGUCCAGAACAUGAGCCACAACCAGGUGGUGGACCUGCUGAGCAAGUGUCCCCGUGGGAGCGAAGUGACCAUGCUGGUGCAAAGAGGAGUGGUGCCAGCCAAGAGGAGUCCGAAGCUGGUGCACCAGUUGGAGAGGAAGGACAGCCAGAACAGCUCCCAGCACAGUGUCUGCAGCCACCGCAGCGCCCACACAGACUCCCCCAGCCACCCGCCCUCUGCCAUGCCCGGAGAGGUGGUGACCCAACCCCCAGCCGCACCCACACAGCCUCUGCCCGGUCUGCCUCCCCCACAGGACUGCACCGAUGGCACACUCACGCUGCAGAAGAAACCAGACCCUUUCAAGAUCUGGGCCCAGUCCCGGAGCAUGUACGAGAGCAGAUUGCCAGAUUGUCAGGAGCAAGACAUCUUCCUCUGGCGCAAAGACACUGGAUUUGGUUUCCGUAUACUGGGUGGGAACGAGCCUGGGGAGCCGAUCUACAUCGGUCACAUAGUGAAGUACGGCGCGGCGGAUGAAGACGGGCGCCUCCGGUCCGGGGAUGAGCUGAUCUGUGUGGACGGCACUGCGGUCGUGGGGAAGUCUCAUCAGCUCGUGGUGCAGCUGAUGCAGCAAGCCGCCAAGCAGGGCCACGUCAACCUCACCGUGAGGCGCAAGACCGGCGGAUACGGAGUCUCUAAAGGUGAAGGAGACGUGCCGCCCUCCCCCGCCUCCUCCCACCACAGCAGCACGCAGGCGCCCAGUCUCACCGAAGGCAAGCGCACUCCACAGGGCAGCCAGAACUCCCUGAACACCGUGAGCUCGGGCAGCGGCUCCACCAGCGGCAUCGGCAGCGGAGGAGGAGGGGGCAGUGGGAGCGCCGUGGUCCCAGCCAGCCUGCAGCCCUACGACGUGGAGAUCCAGAGAGGAGAGAACGAGGGCUUUGGCUUCGUGAUCGUGUCGUCUGUGUCUCGGCCCGACGCUGGCACCACCUUCACUGGAAACGCCUGUGUGGCCAUGCCCCACAAAAUUGGGCGCAUCAUCGAGGGCAGCCCUGCAGACCGCUGUGGGAAGCUGAAGGUGGGAGACCGCAUCCUGGCCGUGAACGCCUGCUCCAUCACCAACAAGUCGCAUUCGGACAUCGUGAACCUGAUCAAAGAGGCGGGGAAUACGGUGUCCCUGAGGAUCAUCCCCGGUGAUGAAUCUUCCAAUGCUUCUCUGCUCACCAAUGCUGAGAAGAUCGCUACCAUCACCACAACGCACACACCUCAGUCCGAGUCUCGGAACAACUCAAAGUCUAAAGGAGCACCUCCUCCACCACCAACUCAGAACCAGGACGCUGAGUUCUACUCCGUGGAUCUGGAGAGAGACAGUAAAGGCUUUGGCUUCAGUCUGAGAGGCGGACGCGAGUACAACAUGGACCUGUACGUCCUCAGGCUAGCAGAGGAUGGCGCUGCAGUCAGGAACGGAAAAAUGAGGGUGGGAGACGAGAUCCUGGAGAUAAACGGAGAGAGCACAAAGAACAUGAAACAUUCUCGCGCCAUCGAGCUGAUCAAGAACGGCGGGCGGAGAGCGAGACUGGUCCUCAAGCGUGGAGACGGUUCUGUACCUGAAUAUGCGAUGAUGGCUCCUCAUCUCGCUGUGGGGACUUUGAGGAAUGACAAGAUGGGAGAGCCCUACGGCAGCAGUGACGGGUACCCUGCCACACCCGGGGCACAAAACUCUCCGGAAGUGAGGACUCUGCCGAACAGCCGAUACCACACCUCAUCGGAGCCCAGUUUUCCACCCGACCUUCACAAACCAUCACGGCAGGACGAGGCUGUGCGCGGCCGCGACCGAACCAAGACCCGGGAUAGGGACAGGGCUGGGACCGAGCAAAUACUGGACUACCAAGGCCAGCAAUUUAACCCACACCUCCAUCACACCUGGAACAACAACCACAGUCAAAGCACCCCCAGAAACCAGUCUCCCGCCGACAGUAACAGCAGCAGCGGGGGCAACAAGAAGACCAAGAAGAAGGUGAAGAAGUCCGAGUCAGAAAGCGGGAUCUCUAAACUUCUAAAGACUUUGAGGAAGGACAGUUCGGGGAAGAAGGCGGAAAAGCAAAGGGGCAGAGAGGCGAACGCGAGCAGCUCCACUCUGGACGGCAGGGUCAGGCAGCGUCCCGGCUCUCUCGAUCGAUCGCAGACACGGAAGCGAGGCCUGUCCCCGGACCGUCGGCGCGCCAAGUCCAUGGACCGGAGAGCAGAGAGGGCGCAACGAGACCGGACGCCCGAGAGGGACUUCGACGAGGGGGGGUUUCUCGCCGUGACGCCCGAGAGAAAGCUCUGCGAGAGGCGCGUGUUGAAGGAGGCGGCAGUGGCGGCGACUCCGGGGAGAAUGAGCCUGCGGUCCAACAACAACUCGGACACGCUGUCGUACACCAGGGGGCGCACUCUGGACCGCGCUUCCUCCAAGAACGGCAACCUGCUCAGAGACUCGUCCUCGGAGAGAUGCAGAACCAACGGCACGCCCGAGAGGAGGUGCCGCGACUCCUCCCCGGACAGCAACUACAGCCGCGAGGAGCUCAACUACGGAGCAGCGGUGGCGCCCCCUAGGCUCAAAGACUAUUACAGCAUGAUGAAGAACAACGCGCCGCAGUACAACCUUCCUGCCUACAACAACGCGGUCCACAACAAGAACAGCGCGACGGCGGGACGCGGCGCCAACCAGCUGCCCGACCCCAAACGCCGCCUGUACAAGGAGAGCCCCAAAGACCUGAGCAUCUGA